UCUCCCCCGCCGUUCUCCGUCGCUCUCCCCCGCCGUUCUCCGUCGCUCUCCCCCGCCGUUCUCCGUCGAUCUCGCCGUCCCUUCAUUCCCAUCUCUCUCCCUCUCUCUCUCUCGAAAAUCUCAGCCGAAAGAUGUCUUAUGCGGAUUUUCUCGCCGGUUCUUUUCCAUCUUCCUCAUCUGCUGGUCUGGGUUCCCCGGCUGCACAAGGAACAAGUGUCCCUCAGCCACAGCCAGCAUCAAUCAUCGAGGAUAGGUUACUGAACGAGUUGUUGGUGGCACCAGGACGAGAGUUGCUUCCUAAGCUGAGCCCAAAUGGAGAACCAAAUACUAGCUGGUUUAGGCGAAGAAAUCGCAAUGCAAUUUGCAAGUCGAUUUUGAAAUGCUUUCACAGUCUCCUUGAGUUGCCUUAUCCGACGUAUGCACAUGUUCCAUUAGAAAUUCAGAAGAUGUGGCUCCGUUCAUUUGCGCAAGAUUGGAACUGGGACCCUGCUUUCACCAAUGAUGUGCGGACAGCCUUUAAUUUGCAGGCUAGAAAGCAGUACACGAGCAACGUGACUGAGUGGAAGAAAAAGUGGAGGCUGAAGAAGGAUAAACCCAUAUGUCUGAAUCAAGAUGUGUGGGACGGGUUUAAAGCCUAUUGGCAGCUCGAUGCUACUGCACAUAUUGCAGCUACCAAUUCUGUUAAUUGAAGAAGCAAGCGUGGUGGAAAAGGUGAAGCAGUACACAAUGGUGGUGCUAAGACACGAGAGGAACGUGAGAUAGAAAUGGUAAGAGGUAUUUUUUUUCAACUUUAUUAAUUUCAUCAUAUACAUUGAACUGAUACUCUUAUAUCAUUUGUGUGUUUAUUGGAAGACUGCUGAAAGGGGUGGUGUGCCACCAGAUUGGUUAGAAUUGAUGAGGGAUAUGCACACCAAUAAACAAACCGGUGAGGUGCAAGAUCCUGUUGCGAGAGAGCUGUUGGCAACUCUGAGUAAGCUGAAGGAGGAAAAAGAAGCACAACUUCAGCAGUCUCAUCAGUUGUCUGCGAAUGAUGGAUCUACAGCUUCUAACAUGCUGUCCCGCGAAGAGAUCAACCAACUGGUUCUCGAGGUAUGUCUACUUUAUGUGGUCAGUUGUUUUUUUUUUUUCUCCAGCCUAUAACUUAGAAUUUUAGGAUUCGUUCUCAAGCUCCUAAUAUAGGUUUGGUUUCACUUCAGUAGAACUGUCAGUUUGAAUUCAGUUAAAGGUUGUGUGACUUUUAUAUAUAGCAAAACAGAAACCGAGUCAGUUUAUUUCUUCUUCAGUUAGAUGUUGGAUCGGUUACUUCAAAUCCAGCUGCUUGAAUAUUAACAUGUUAUAUUUAUAGUUCUUAUAAAAU